UUCGGCCGUCCAAGUCGCACGCACCAAAUCUUGAUGGCAUCAGCGUGGUGGUUUUUGGUGAGUCUGGCUGCGUCUUGCGGGGCCGCGGGUCGCGACGACUGGGUUUGGGGCGAGAACCGGCGCGCGAGUCGCGUCGUCGACGGGCCUUCUUUGGGCCCCUCGUUGGGCCCCUCGCUGGGCCUGAACGCUGGCGGCUCGUUCGGCCUCAACUCCAACAACAGGUACGGCGACUUCCCCUCCAAUGGCUUCGGACGCCCCCCCUACGACGGACCCCAAGGCUUCCCCGCCCACCCACCCCCGGGGGCCUUUCCGCCUCCGCCGCCUCCGCACCACGGACACUUCCACGGAGGUCAUCCUGAGGGUGUGCACGGCCACAACAAGGUUCCCCCUUACGAGGAUCUGAACCUGAAGGAGCCGGGACUGCACACGGGCGGCUACGACACGUGCAAGUGCACCCUGAGCUUCAACUGCAACUCGCCCGGCAUCAAAUUCGGGGUGUGCGACGAGGGGAAGCAGUACUGCUGCUACAACUCGUUGGUGGCGGGGGCGAACCGACGGCCCAACCACCUCCCCGGCCCCCUUCCCGCAGUGCUCGCCGGGCCCGGCGGACCCCGCGACUUCCCUCCCCAUCACCGACCCGGCCCCGCGCCCCACGCCAACGUCCUCGUCGGGCCCGGCGGCCCCUUCGACGCGCCCCCGCCCUUUGCCAAGUCAAAACAAUUCUGAUUUUUUACUUUAAU